GCAGAUCAGAAAUGAAAGUGAAUGUGGAGCUGGGAGAGGCUGUGGUUGUCACCAGUAUUCCCAGUGACUCUGCAGCAGCCAGGAACAGUGGGUUAACAGCGGCGGCAGGGACGUCCGCGGUAACCUAGCAACCAGUGACGUCACUUCCUGGUAACGCGAAGGGAACACCCACCGGGAGCCCCGCCGAACGCCAGUCCCCGCAGCUCCGUGACUCAGUCUCUCAUUUAUAAGCGAUGGCGUCUGCUGUUCUGAGACAGGAGCUGGACUGUUCCAUCUGCCUGAGCAGUUAUAUAGAUCCUGUAACCCUGAGAUGUGGCCACAACUUUUGCCGGGACUGUAUUGAUCGUAUGCUGGAUGCACAGGAGGUGGCUGGAGUUUACAGCUGUCCUGAAUGCAGAGCUGUGUUUCCAGAUCGUCCUGCACUGGAGAAAAGGAGAAAGCUCUGCAAUAUAGCAGAACAUGAUUACUCUAUUCCAGAAGAGGGAACCGGGGUGUUCUGCACUUACUGUGUCCAAUCUCCAGUACCUGCUCUUAAAUCCUGUCUCAAGUGCGAGACUUCUCUGUGUGAUACACAUUGGAGGACACACAACAAGUCAGCAGAACACGUCUUAGUUGACCCCACUAUUUCCUUGGAGAAGAGAAAAUGCUCCGUUCAUAAAGAGAUUUUGAAGUAUUUCUGCACAGAAGACUCGGUCUGUAUCUGUGCGUCCUGCACUGUGGCUGGAGAACAUCAGGGACACAAGGUGGAGUCACUGGAUGAGGCCUCUGAGAAGAAGAAGGAGAAGCUGAGAGAUGUUCUGCAGAGACUGAUCACAAAGAGAGCGGAGGCUGAGAUAAGAGUCCAGAGUCUACAGGAGCGCAGGAGAGAAGAUCAGGGAAAAGCAGCAGGUGUAACAGAGACAGUCACUGCCCUGUUUAGAGACAUCAGGAGACAGCUGGAAGACCUGGAGAAGAGAGUCCUGAGUGAGAUCUCCAGGCAGGAACAGCGCGUUUCACUCUCACUCUCUGAUCUGAUCCAGAAGCUGGAAAUACAGAAGGACGAGCUGUCCGGGAAGAUGCGUCACAUUGAGGAGCUGUGUAACAUGUCUGAUCCAGUGACUGUCUUACAGGAACCAGACACAGGUGACGUGUGUGACACUGAGGACACAGAGAGACAUGAUAGCCAGGUCCGUGGUGCAGGAGAUCUGGAUGUGGGUCUCAUCUCAGGGACAUUACACACAUUAUCUGAUAUCAUAACAGGGAUAAAUACAGGGAUCUAUGUGCAGGAGGCUACAGACAUAUUACUGGAUGUAGCCACAGCUGCUAAUAAUGAAUCUGAUGUAAUGAUAAAUAUAAAUACAGGGAUCUUAUUUUUUGAUGAAAACACAGUUAAUAAAUUUCUUCGUCUAUCAGAUGACAGGAAAAUUGUUUUCAGUUCAGAAACACCCCAGGAUUAUCCAGAGACACCGGAGAGAUUUGGGUGUUAUCAGGUAAUAAGCACCAGGGGAUUCUCCUCAGGGCGACAUUACUGGGAUGUGAAUAUCAUUAGAUCAGGGGACUGGAGGGUGGGGAUGUGUUACCCCAGUAUAGACAGGAGAGGGGAUCACUCAGACAUUGGAUAUAAUAACAGGUCCUGGUGUUUCUCUAUGAGCAGGAUUUUUAGAUAUGAAAAAUUUAAAAAGAACGUGUUUUCAGUGAUCCAUGGCAGGAGAAAGAUUGAGUUGGAUGAUGAUGUUCACUGGCGUAGAGUGUUGAUAUGCCUGGAUUAUGAGGGGGGACAGCUGUCAUUUUAUGCUUUCAAAUCCAGCCGUGAAGAUGAUACUAUUGAUCACUUGCACACGUUCAAGGCCAGAUUCACUGAGCCCCUUCAUGCUGCAUUGUACAUAGACGCAGGUCACAUAAAAAUUACCGGCUGAUCAGAAGCCAGGAGUAAUCCACCCAGACACUGGUGACAUCACAGGGAGAGGAAAAAUAGCCAAUAGAAUGUCACACUGGGUGGAGCUACAGGCGAGCCCCUCCCCCUGCAUCCCCAGGUGACUGCAUUUAUUCCCUUAUUGGUGAGUUAGAAACUUUCAGCAUAAAUAAUAUAAAUAUACAUAUUUGCAGGAUUCCUCCAUCAGACUGACCGAGAGAUGUGAUUGGCUGCAAUAAGCUGUCUGUCAGCCAAUGUCUACCUUAUUACUGUUUCUAUUGGCUGUGACAUAUGCAGGGGCUGAAUGGGGUGUUGUCUCCUCAGAAACAGUAUCCAUAUAGAGGAGGGUGGGUGGUGGGAAGGAAGGAGGGGCAAGGGGUGGGGUCUAAUUGCUUUAUAGUGUAUAUAAUGGUGGAAGCUUAAAGGCCAAAUUUGCCCCUGUGAGUGCUUGUUUGGGGUCCCUAGUCCUGUAGUACAUACCUGACCCCAGUAGACACAGCUGUAAUUACCUAUAUUAACGCAUAGACAGUUUGUGACAUCACCGGACUCCCACAUCUAGCAUUUUAUUGAGGUAUCCUGGUGUUAUGUAUAUAUUAUCUAUAUAUUAUCUUUCAUGUGUACAUUUCUUGAUGAGCAAUGACAUUGUUUCUGCAUUAGAUGCGCCUGCUAUCGCCCAUUAUAGGAAGGGCGACUCUCCUCUGUCUAGUGUAUACAGUGGUGGUCAGAUUUGUUGGCAUCUUCCAUGAAAAAGGAAGAACCCACUUUUUUCUGAUAUAACUUGAAAGUGACAAAAUGAUCAUCCAGGACUGUUUCUUUCAGAUUUAUUAGGAAUCAGACUUUGCAUUUCAUUUUUGAUUCAACAGAAUAUUUGAAAUAAUGAAAUAAUGAAACAAAUGAACGUGGCCUGGACACAGAUGCUGGGACCCGAGGCUUAAUGUUCAGUUGCACAUCCUAUAGAGCCUGGGUCUUCUCCCAUGAAGCCCACUGCCACUCAUGAAUCAUUGGCUGGUGCGCUCAGACCCUGACGAUCACUGACCUUGGAGGUCAGCUUGUAUCUCUGGAAGUUUUCCUUUGCUCUUUUACUACCAUUCUCACUGUCCUGUUCUUUCAUCUGGGGUUGAUUUUCCUCUUGUGGCCACAUCCAGGGAGUUUGACUAUAGCCCCAUGGUCUGUACAUAUCUUAAUAUUUGCAACUGUAGUCACAGGAACAUGAAACUGCUUGGAGAUGGUCUUAUAGCCUUUACCUUUAACGUGCUGGUCUAUAAUUAUCUUUCUGAUCUCCUUUGCUUUGCAUUCUCUGGUCCGUGUUCAGUGUGGUGCACACAAUGGUACCAAACGCAGAAUUACCACUUUUCUCCAUAUAUAAAGGCUGAAUGACUGGUUAGAAGACUGAAGUUUAAAUAUCACUAUAAUUCAACCCUUUUUCAUCUUUAAAUAUGUCCAAGCCAUUUUAGACGAUCUUGGUAGAAUAAGCAAUAAUUUAUUUCUUUCAUAAUGUAUUUGUUUCACUCCAUGAAAUAGCAAAGGUAUAUACAUUAUACAUGCAGAUACACAUUAGCAAAGGCAUGCCAAUAUACAUGAGACAAUAGCUUUUAACUUCAUCACUUUUCAGAAGGAAAGAAGCAUUGUUUCAAUGAGCUGCAAGGGUACCAACAAAUCUGUCCACACCUGUAGUAUAUUAUAUUGCACUGUGUGUGUUUGGUGCGCUUUACCCUAGUGCGCUUUGUUCACAUGCAUAUAUAACCCCUGUGAUCCACGCAGUUUGAACCGAGGUGCAAGUUAAAAAUCAGAAAAAAAUAUAUAGUUCUAUUGUUUUUACUGUUUGGUGUGCUUUACCCUAGUGCUCUUUGUUCAAAGCCCUAUGACUCCACACAGUUUGAACCAACCUGCAAGUUCAAAAACAGAAAAAAAAAUUAUAAUUAUAUAGCUUAUUGUUUGUACUGUUUGGUACGCUUUACGCUAGUGCCCUUUGUUCAGUCCCGUGACUCCACACAGUUUGAACCGAGCUGAGAGUUAAAAAAAUAUAUAUAGAUAUAUUGUUUGUACUGUUCUGUGCACUGUACCCCAGUACAAUGUGGCAAUGUUUCAUAGAUGUGCUAUAAACUGCCAUAUGUUUGUGCUACUGCUCUGUUGCCUAGUAACCAGCCAGCUCGCUGCAGCCUGUGGCCAAUAUUGGUGAAAACAAUAUUAUGAGCUGCGAGGUGGUCAAAAUUUACUGGAAAUUAAUGUUAUUUAAGUUAAUAAUACUCUAGAACAAAAAAAGCCCAAAUUAUGUAAUUUUACCUUUUUUGUCAAUUUUUUAAAAAAAGUCAAAAUCUAAAACCAGUAAUGGCGUUUCGGCAAAUCCAAAUCUGGACAACGAAUCAGAGCCAAAUCCAAAUCCAGCAAAAAUAUCCCGGUGCACAUCUCUAAUCCUGAGGUUACCAUAUUAUCUAUAGUUUAUUUGUACAUUUACUAAUGAACAGUGACAUCAUUCAUGCAUGCACUGGGGAAGGGGGGUGGGGUGCACUGUGUGUGUUGUGUAACCUUGUGCUGUAAGAAGUCUGAGAGAUGUGUAUUAUGGUUUUACAAUUGGAGUGUUAUAAUGAUCUGUCCUGUGCGGUUGCAAAUAAACAUCUCUUGCAAGAAAA